CUUUGUGCAAAGGUCGGUUCCUCGCUGUCAGAUACACCCUGUUUCGCCAAUGGGGAUAGCAGCCUUCAGGUUCCUUCCCCUCUUUGUAGAUUUUCCUGUGCGACAGUCUGACACCCGAGCAGUCGCGAGACCAGCGCCUCUGGCCAAUUUAUCUCUCUAAAUUUUCUCGUCUUCCUCCCUCGCAUGUGAAAGGCGUACGCACCUUUCGAGACAGGACGCGCUCCUGUCGGCUCCGCCGUUUGAUAAACUGGUGCCAGUCCUGUUUUUCGCCUUCGCCGAACGCAGUCGUCUUCCCAGUUUUCCUUCUUCUCUACAAAGCUGCCUGUUCGUCAACCUCGUUCUUUCAGCAUUGCUGUACACUCCUCGUUUCUUCCGUCUGCUCGUUUUUCGCUUUCUCUACGAGUCUCCUAUUCAUCACCCUCGUUCUUUCCUUCUGUCUGUACACUUUGUGCCUCCUUUCUAAAUCCGCAGCCGCUGCUGGCCGCUCCUCUCUCUCGUGUGUCUCUGCCUCGGCCUCUCUGUCGUCCUUCCGUCUCCGCUAUUUUUUUCUUCGUUUCCUUCACGGUUGUCCUUCGCCUUUUUCUCGGCCGCUCCUGCCCUGCCUUCUCGCCUUUCACCCUGUCCAGUGGGCCGCGGAGCUCGUGAGUAUCCUCCAGUUUCGACUGUGCUUUUCGCAGUUUCUGCGCGUCUCCCCAAUGCGUCGACGGCUGGUCUCGUCUCAAAAGGGGAGGCUAGGAAGGCGCAGGGCGAGGGAGUGACGUUGAAGAGAUGAAAGAGAGGACUCGACAAGCAUCGCCAGAUCUGCAUGAGUGUUUCAAAACGAAGACACACGCCCGUUUCAACAAAGUCUUUUGUUUUUGGAGAUGCUACAAAUUUGACGAGGUAGAUCGAGGCGACGAGGAGAACACAAGAAAUGUACUUUGUAGACAGGCUAGACCGGAGCUCUGACGACGCACUGUGCGCCGAAGAUAACCUUAGAUGUACAGAUGGAGAGAAUUCGUUCUUGUACGGUCUGUUCGUCAGGGGAUUCUCCAGAUUCUUCCUGCCUGGAUCAUGAAGGCGCUUUCUUUGUUGUCCGUUCUCUCGCUUCCUGCAUUCGUCAUCUCAACUCGCGUUUCUCUCCUCGCGUUCGCCGUCUCCCUCUCUAGAGCCUGUCCCCAAGCGGCGGGGCCUCGCCCUGGGAGCGCGGCGUCUUCGUUCUCUCUCCCCGCUUCGUCCUCUUCAUCCCCUAGGCGCUUCUCUCCACGCUUAACUGGUCGCGGAUCUCUUUCCUCCGCUAUCCUCUCACCUCCUGAUUCAACGCCUGCCUUUCCUUCUUGUUCUUCUCCCUCUUCUUCCCAGUCGUCGUCUCUUCUCUCGUCUUCUUCCUUUCUUCUCUCUUGUGCCCUUUUUUCUGUUGCGGCAGGCUGUGAGAGAGUUCUUGGGUGGCUGCCUUCCUGUCGACCAGAACGGUUGCUUUCUGGAGUCUCCAAAGUGCGACGGAGAGCGCGAGGCUUCCCCGCGAAGAGCUUGGGAUCCUUGCCGCGGGCGUUUCUUUUCUCUCACGAGAGUUCGCUCUUGUCUCCAAACCGAGGAAGCCUCCACUGCCGACCUUCCACGGCGGAGACCUUCCUCAGACAGCAGAAAAGCCUGCAGAGAAAUCUAUCCUCUUUUCACACCGGCAAGGACGACGUUGCUCCUCAGAAAAGUCACAGGAGAGCCCCCGGACUUGCGCGCCUGGAAAAUGCAGCGGCGACACCGAGAUGUACGUACACCGCCUUACCAGGCGUGAGGCCGGGUGUCGCGUCCCCCUCAGAACGCAGUGACUCUCCUGUUGUGUGGUGGAGAGCAGGAUCGGGGAUCUCGUCUCCCGGAUUUGAAGACGAAACUGCAGGAAGAAAACGAAGAACGCUGUUCACGCAGAAAAAAGCAUACAGAUGUGGAGCGACGCGCGCGAGACGAGAAGCGAAGAGAAGUCGGAGGGGGCUUGCGAGCUUCCAGAUGAAUAUGGCGCCUCCGGGGACAGCGUUCGAGACGAAAGUUUUCGAGUGUAGAGACAAUCCAAUUGAUACCAUGCCGUGGGAGCAUGUUGUGCCCUUCUACAAGGUCCACACGAAAGAAGACAAUUUCUGGCUGCAGUUCCUCAAAGGCAAUUGGACUUACGUUGAUGGGCGGAAGAUGCUCGACAAGCCUGCAGGCGUGAUUGACGGGGGCCAGGCACUCUACGAUGGCAUGGGGACGACUUUGCCUUUAAAUCCUCUCGCCAAAGAUCGGCAGCGAGCUGAGGCUCGACCCAAGCAUUUGGACCACGGCGUCCUUUUCAGGGAGGCUUUUGACAGGCCUCACCGAAUCACCUUCGACCGGAUCCCCUGUGGGAACUCCGACGUCUACUACGGAGAGACAGACCUCGAUUUGGAGGAGAGGUUGUGGGGAGCUUUUCACCACAAGAGGGCGACGGAGGAAGGGUUUCCAGAUACAGGAUGGAGAAAUAUUCUUCCCCAGUACGACAUGAGCGAAAUGCCGAACCCAUGGACCCACACAAAGGGCGAAUUUAUCGAAAUGCCGUAUAAUUCGCGAGACCCUUCGCCGGGACCUCCGGUGGCUCCUAUUGAAUUUGACUUGGCUGCUGCGGGUCGAUUCGGUGGCUACGUUCUGGAUCCUGGCUGGACUCGUCACUUCGAUUACGUUGAACAGUACAACGAGAUGCAGAGAUGGCUGCAAGAAGAAGAAGAGGAGCGCGAAGAGCGGGAGGACGAGGCGCAGGCAGAGGGCGCACCCGAGGGCGAGGCAGAAGGCGCGGGAGUCUCCAGCGCAGAGAAGAAGAGGAAGAAACGAAAGAGACGGAGGCCACAGUUGUUGGACAAGCCGAUGUUCCGAGAAGCCUACGAACGCGGUCAACUCAUCAUCAAGUCCAGAUAUGCGGAUCUUCGAAACCACCCUGUGUACAAGAAGGCGAUCUACGAGGGGGCAACCCACCACUCAGCUUGCAUCGCGGCCGAGCGCGCGACGCCAGAGACAAUUGUGGACAUCUGGAAAGGAAAAGAAAUCGCGAGUGAUCUUCCAAAGGCAGCCGGUUACGACCACGAAGGGGGCGGAAAGUGGAACUGCGAAGAUGGAGAAGGACAGACAAUUGCCAUCAACAUGCUCGGUGAAGACAUCGUUCCCCACGCAAAUUGCUACAUGUCUCCGAAGAUGUCUACGCACGAGAUGGCAGAAUUGUGGCACUUCUGGAUGACGGAGGCCCAUCGGGAGGGACGCUACACAGAUUUUCAUUCCGAGAUUGGAUGUUAUUCUGAUAUUGAAUAUGAAGACCGACUCCUGAGGAAGAGAUACCCUCGGUUGAUGGCGCUGUAUAGGCCUCUGUGGUGUCACCGAAAGUAUGGCGAUGAAUUUGGAGAUGCUGUGCGCCCAGACGAGGCCCCGCCGGAUGAGGUCCUGAGUGCUUUUGGGGCUCCUCUGACGCCGCCAUCGGGCGUCCUGCGCCGCGCCGCUUCCCGUUUGAGGCGGAUCCGGCAGUCGCUCCGGAGAACUCCAUGGCUGUCUUUGCAGGAGGAAGUUCUGCAGGGCGACGAAUUGGAUUCAGGAGACAGGGAUCUCCUUUUUCUGCGCAGGGCGGGCCUGUCGGGGCGCGACAUCCUUUCUAGGGAGGUUAAGGCUGAACAGAAGAGUAGAGAAAGAGACGAACGCCGGCGGGAGCUGGGGCAAAAGACUCGCCUUUCGCCUGGUUAUCGAAGACACACAGAAAGCGAAGAAGAGAGAGAAUCGGAGAAGGAACAGCUUGAGGGCCAUUUCAGUUGGAGACACGAAACGAGACUCGGUGUCGAUGCGAAUGCGAGGGAGGAGGGUGGAGACGCUCCUGAUAGGUUGGAAAACACAGAGAGAAAACAAAGACGUGCGGGUCACGACGGUCUCCUGCCUGAAGAAGAGAGGUACAGCGGAGGCUGGGAGAAACGAGAAAGAGACAGUCUUGCGGAUGCAGCUGAGGAAGAAGAGAAAGAAGAUGUGAACUUCUUGGACGAAUACGACAUGUGGUGGCUCGACCGCGGCAACGCCUACGGGGAUUCCAUUCCCGAGUACCAGAGUCCCGCCAUGGCCAUCCAAGAAGUGCUUCCAAAUUCGAGAGAAAGCGAUACGAAGAAGCGGAAAGCGAACUGAAAUGAUGCUGGAUGCGCUCCCCGCGUCUAACGGAAAAGACAGACCCGCCGGUCGUGACGAGGAACAAAAUUUGAUUCUCCAGCGUUUUCGCUGACUUCGUCACAUCAUCCGUGAAACUUGAAUUCAUGUGCAUAUAUAUAUAUAUAUAUAUAUAUAUAUAUAUAUAUAUAUAUAGGGGUGCAAAUGCACAUGCGGGUGAAUUCUAUAUGGGUAGGUGGUGAAACAGGGACAAGGAGAAACACUUGCGUUUCUCAGUUUUAGAGGGGAAAACAGAUGUGUGGGUGUGUGUGCGUAUUCUAGCUGCUGCCACGGAACGUAUCAUAUACGUUCAGUAAACUGUCUAUACGCAUGCGUUUUAUUUCACUCAAGCCUACACGGGAUCCGAGGAGUAGCGGAAGCUCUGUAAGAACAGCUGGCCUGGCACCGACGACGGCCUACGGUCUGAUUCUUCAAAAGUGGGUUCAAAGUAGCGUUUUUGGAAAAUGUUUAUCAAUUUUUUAUGCGGUAACGGUGCGCCUGUGGUGCUUCGGUGAAACGUGGACGGCACGCCAUAGCUUGGAUUUGUCCUGAUGUGUGGAUUUUGAAUUCUGACUUAAGUUUCCUUGUUUUUCACACGAGGUCCAGCCGCUGUGACGUGUCGCAGUCCUACAAGCUCGGCCAUAAGAGACGAACGCAAAACUGCAACGCU